UGGGCUCUGAGAGUCGCCCACAGCGUGGGUUGUGCUGUGAAAUAGCAGCACCAAAUCAGGUGAUGCGGAGCCAUGCAGACAUCUAUGUAGUUGGCAUCUCGAAUGGAGGCGACGACCAGGACCGGCUUUUGGCAAGGCGGCUGGCUGGCACAUUGGAAAGAGGGGGCUUUAGCUGCACAGGAGAUCAUGAGGCAGACGAGAAUGAGCCUGGGCGAGUUUGCAUUCAGGAUACUGAAUGCCGAUGUGUCUUCUUUGUGGUGUCGCCAGGUGCGCCGGUCGAUGCGGCCGUGGUAGCGCAGCUGCGAGGUGCUGCGGGUGCGGGACGAAGCACCCGCUGUAUCUACGAAGCUGGGAACAGUGCAUGCCAGGACUUGUCUGAGUGGGGCUCAGCAAUGCCAACGUCCUUCCUGCGGCCAGCUGUGCCAAUUAGCCGCUAUUUUCCUCGAGUGUCGGAGAGGCUAGUGAUGGCUGCAGCCCAUGAAGAGCUGCUUCGAGCCCCACCUCGACAGGUCGAUGCAGAUGGCCAAGCAGACUGGGUCCGAGGAUUUCCGGCUGAUCCAGGAGGCCGCUUUGCAGCUCCGACUCGUGAGUUUCAGUCGCUGGUGGCUGGGGAUGAAGGUCAAGAUCAUGCAGAUUUCGCUCAGCUGGCCAAUCUCACUUGCACCCAGUGGCUCCAAGCCAGGGACUUGCAAUUGGUUUUCGGUGCUGAUGAGGGCGCCGAGGCGUUGAGGUGCAUUUUGGAGGAGAAGUCCUAUCCAGCGGUGUCUUCCGCUGUGAUGCUGCUGGGGGCGGCAUAUCGACCCAUCUACACGUCGUUCGUGCGAGGUGAUUUGCACUCGAGGCCGGUGUCGACUUCACCUUCACAUGCACCAACUACGCCCAUGAGCCACGGUCAAACACCUCAUGGCCACACGCCCCACUGUCAGACGCCGAAAAGUGCAGUCAGCGUCUCUGGGCCCUUCUCCUGCGCAGUGCCAUCUGAGAGUCAGCUCAUGCUGCUUGAGCAGGCUCUACAAAACCUUCCGGGUGGAUGCAAUGAGAGCACAGCCAUAGGCUUUUGCGUGAUGAAUGGGGUCGAAGGUCCGGGGAUGCCCGAGGUGCUCCUGGCAUCCCAUAUCGCCGUUUUGGAAGGUGUUUCGGUGAGCAUGGAGGAGCACCUCGAACAUGGUGAGAACUUCGUUGAAGUCGUGGUGGCCAUCAUCACGGGUCGCCUGGUGCCCUGCCGAGAGAACCAGCUGCAGGAGCUGGAUGCAGCAGUGGGUGAGCAGCUGGAGCCCGGUGGAGGCGUUACGUUGUCCCAGCUGGUCGAUGCCGAUGCGGAAGGAUCAGGGAACCUCAUCAACAAGAUUUGCCUCUUUGUUCAAACGAAGGCCUUUCAGAGUGGUGACACUGCCAGAGCGUGGUGGACGCGCCACUGCCGCAGAGCGUUGGAGACGCAUCCCUUAUUGCAAGGACGAGCAUAUCGAAGAACGUUGCUGCAGAAUUGUGUCUCUACAGAUUCUUUGAGCAUCGCCUCCUUGCAACAACGAAGUUGGGCAGCAAAGGAUCUCAUCAACAACGAAUGUGCCAAUGCCUUGGCCGAAACUGCGUUUAAGGUGCGAGUGGUUUCAGAGGCACCAACGGAAAUGAAGCCAGAGAACACGGAGACUGACAACGUGGACUGGGGCGAGCAGGUGAAUCAGACGCGGCUGAAAGACCUACGGAAGCUGAUGCGCUGUCUCUUCCAGGCUUUCGAUGCGGACCUGGACAAGAACAACCAGGCCGGUAGCUUUAGCAGCCGCAGAUAUCACCAGUUCACUCGAUGCAAAUUUAUGCAUUUUCUGAGUUUGAUGGUGCAUUCAGACAUUUUUGCGAUCACCUUUGCGGUGCUGACGAUCUAUACGCUCUUUGCGCCAAACAUUUUGCUGGUGUUUGGUCUGAGUACAGAGCACACUGCACCAGUGGCCAUUCUAAAUACCGUGGUGCUGGGAUUCUUUGUGUUGGAAUGCAUUCUGAGCUGCAUCUUCAUGAAUGGCUAUUUGCGAUCUGGGCGUGUUUUCUUGGAUAUUAUGGCCAUGGUGAGCUUGGUCGGAGACACCUUGAUCCAGGCGCAUUUCUUCCCCAUGACUCCAAUUGCCCAACCAAGCAUGGAGACUUCUCAGCUGGACCCCAGCCGCCCGAGCCGGAUCCUGGAUAUCCUGAAAUUUGCGCGGCUCUUUCGCAUUGUGCAGCUGCUCAGAACUUUGCAUGGGAUUGUUUGGCGAAACUUCUUGCGGCCUCACCAUGGCUUAGCACAACAGCUAUACCACAAAAGGCUGUGGCGAGUGUUCCAGGACUUGUGUGAGGGGAAGAAGACGCAGUUGAGCGCGGAGCAAAUGCGCUUCUUCUUUAUGGCAAUGCGGCUGGAGUUCCCUGAGCGCAAGGUUGGCAUGUCGAAGUCCAAAGUCUUCCGUUCCAAUGUCACCGCGUCCUCUGCCUUUGCCAACCGGCAGUAUGGCACUAUGAUGAGCUUGAAGCCUGCAGCCCUCACACGAUUGUCUACAUUCGCACCUUCCUGGGACCUGCAUCCCAAGACGAACUGUGAUGGCACCUUUGCAUCUCUGAUUGAUGAGUUUGCGGUGAGGCCAGAAGGCAAGCGAGCCUUGCAGAAGUGUCAAGAAGAUGUACAGCGGGUCAAGGCAUCCUUUUCCUUGGUGCAGAAGGUGAGUGGGCCUGUGGUUGUGAAGGUUUGUCUCAUUGUCCUCGGGGUCAUGGGCGUGGUGAUCCUCUUGGAUGCUUCUUGGGAGGACCAUGGAGACUAUCAACACCUUGCGCACUUGGAUCACUUGGCAUCAUCCAUGACACAAAGCAGGUCAUGUGCUGCACUUUGUGCUAAUGUGGAGGACUUUGUGGUGGCAUCGCUCCCCCAUGUGGUAAAAUUGGUGGGCAUCCACCAUGUGUACUGGACUCCAAGCUCAUGCGAGUGCUCCACCCCCCAGCCUUGGCUUCCUUCUGCGCAACUGGCGAUGGACGCAGAUCCCAAGCAACCGCAUGAGCUUCAAUUAGUAUGUUAUCCCAAUGAGGACUGCACAGGUAGUCCAACAAGUGUCAGUUUGAUGGACACUUACGUGUCAGUUCGACGGAAUGCCGAAGCUGACCUGGUGUACACAUUGAUUGUCGUUGUGUUGAUGGUGAUUUUUGCGCUGGCCUUCAUGCAUGCGCUGAACAAGGUGAAUACUCGAAUGUUGCAUCCUUUGUGGAACAUCCUAGAUGACAUGGCCUCGCUGCGAUCGCUGGAAGCGGUGCGAAUGACCAACUUUCAGCCAGCGAGCAAUAUGCUGAAGGAUUUGCAGCAGGGCGGGAAGAAGCGAAGCACUUGCCGAAGACUGCUGCGAUACGCAGGACGCUCCAGUAGCUGGUGCAGCGAGAGCAAGAAGGAGGACGAUGUGAAGGAAUUAGCAGACUUGCGAGUGUCGCUCUCCACCAUGCGCGCAGCAUUGCGGAAUUGGGCCAAAUAUGUGCCGCCAUACUUGCUGAAAUCCUUGUACAGACAUGGUAUUGAGGCAAGGGUCGGCUUGAACCCAAAUGAAGUCAGUAUCUUUUUUUGUGACAUUGAUCGCUUCAAGGAAAUGUGCCGCGAGAGCACACCCAAAGAAGUCUUGGCGAUUCUCAGUUUGGUUCAUGGAGAGGUGUCCAACGCCAUCGAAGCUCAAGCCGGCACGCUGCUGGAGUUCGUGGGGGACGAGGUGCUGGCGGUGUUCAAUGCUCCGAAUGAGGUGGAUGACCACGAAGAGCAUGCAGUGGCGUCGGCCACGGACGUCCUGGAGCGGGCUGGCCGGCUGGGCGUCCGGAUGCGAUGUGGGGUACAUUCUGGAAAGGUCCUAGUCGGCAAUAUCGGGUCUCAAACGAGGAUCAAGUAUGGCGUCCUGGGGGACAGUGUCAAUGUUGCAGCGCGCCUCAAGAGUUUGAACUCCCACUUCCGCACUUGCUGCCUUGUGUCGGAUGAAAGUUUAGAAGAGGCAGAUGAUCUGCACAAGAGCUAUGUGGCCAGACCUGUGGGCAAUCUGGUGCUCAAGGGCCGCAAAUCGCCCACCAAGGUCUGGGAGGUGUGUGCCCGGCGAUGCGCAGCACAACAGACCUUGGCGAAAACCUACGACGCUCACAGGCGGGCUUUCGAGCUCUUUAUGGACAGACGUUUUGGUGAAGCACGGCCGUUGCUGGCUGAGGUCUGCCGCAGCCUCCGUGGGCGCUCAAGCAGCGUUGAUGAUGACAAAGCCGAUGAUAUUCCUUCAAAACAUUUGCUUGAUCUAUGUGAUAAGUUCAUCCGCGAGCCACCGCCACUGGACUGGGAUGGCUCCGAGUCGAUGACCAAGAAGUAGCCAUUGUCGACACCGGACACCGCCCGGCCGAACAGUGCACUGUGUGAAAUGGAAGGCUGCACGGCAUGCGCCGAGGGCAUGACGUAGUGGCAAAACAGCUACGCA